AUGCAUCAAUAUCCUCGCCCACCACCCGCAACGGCGUCCCCGGCAAUCUCUGAACAAACAAAUCCCACACGUACCAACAAUCCGAGAGAUCGAGACGUACCGAGCCUGAGAACAAAUUCCCCCCUCUCCCCCGGCUCCGGUUCCUCGGAGGACUUUACAACUGCUCGACAAGAUCAGCCGGCGGACAACCCCGUCGUCCAAAUGCAGAGACUCAACCAAGUGAUCCAGAAUUUCCACACCAAAGCCGCCCUGAUCAUUCUUCAAUCUAGGGUCGAACUCGCUCCUGCCUACUCUCAAAAGACAGAUACCAAGAGGGUUAAUCGCUGGUUCAACCUGGACAUAGAUGAGACGGACGAGUACAAGGACGAGAUCAGGAGAUGGAAGACUUGUGACGUCGACCACAACCGACCUCCUCCCUUGGUCAUCGAAGUCUUCCUGACCACGGAGACACUCCAACAAGGUCAGAGACUCGUCAUUGUGGACGAAGAUGGUAAGAGGUGGGAUGUUAUGAAUACGCUCUCAUCCGCUCACAGUGCUUCUCGGGGAAGCCAUCGCCGGAUGGGAGAUGCCAACGAAGUCAUUUUGGAGCGUUGGACGAUCGAAUUGGGAGACUCCACGGCUCCGAUCCCUCGGGAUUUGGCCACGCUCCUGCCUCUGGUUUACAAAAAGAGCAUCGUCUUCUUCCGAUCCCUUUACACCUAUAGCAAUUUCUUGCCCGCCUGGAAAUUGUCCCGAAAGGUCGGAAAAGGCCGGUCCACCAUGGCAAUGAAGUUGGGAUAUCGACUGAUUGAUGGAUCGCAAAUGAGCGGCUUACCUCGAUCGGAUAACCUCAACCUCCGAUUGUUCGACAGCAAUUCCGACGUCCUCUUGUCCUAUGACUUUGGCGCGACAGAUUCUCCCGCUGGGCCUUUCUCUGUCAAGGUUGAAUACCGACGAAACUGUGAUUUCCGGAUAGACGACUCCGAAGAACUGUUAAGUUCACGAUUUCUGGGAGCCGACGAUGAGCUUUUCCGGCCAUCUUUGUCGAACGAGAAGGGUUCAAGAGCCGAAAUCGGAUCACUUCCUACUGACCGACGACAGAAUCUCUUGGAAUCACCAGAACUCGGUCUGGCCUAUGGAAGUCUGUCCACGUUCCACCAAGCCGGUAUUGCUACGGGAACCAGCCCAAUUUCGGCCCUGCGACAUGCUCAAGAAUUCCAUUCCAGCUCUCCACCCACUCCAGAACCCGCUCGACCGCCGAGUCAUACCCUCACAACCGGCCAAACUUCACGAACUUCACUCAGAGCGGUCGCAACCAAUCGUCGAAGCUCAUUCUCUGUUCAACCGUUCAAGGCACCCACACUGUCCGCAUCGCCCCUUGGUGCGUCUCCUAUAGCCAGCUCACCUCGAACCCAUGCUAGAGUUCCGACGUUGGGAUCUCUCACGGAAGAAGAAAUACCUCCGUCCGCUGCUGUCACAUUGGCCGGUCGAAGAGCAGGAUCUCUGGCAUCAGAUCAUGCCAUUGCUUCGUCAACGUCAAGCUCACCCAAACCGGCUCCUGGUGCAAGGUACAGUAGUAGCUUCAGCCACAGGCGAGCUCGUCUCUCCUCGGGCGGUUUGCCUGCCCGAACGGACGACGAUCAGACGAGUAGCGGCAGAGGAAGUGCGACGUCUUCGGCUCUACCCGGUUCCGGAUUGACGACUGAGGCCGCUCCCGGGGGGGGGAGUUCGGGUUCUGUGGCGGAGGAUGACGGCGAAAACAUCUCAGGUUUCUUGAAGAUGCUGGAACUCCAGAAAGAUCUUCUGUCUCCCCGGUCUUCAGCCGCCGAAGUAUCUACCCGAAGAACCUCGGCUGCCCUGAACAGGUUUCACCGGAUGCGAGAUUCGAAUGCGGCAUUGUCCGAUUCGAUGUCGUCGUCGUUGAUGCUACAGAGAUCAUCGGCUUCUUCCAGUCGACAAUUAUCAGGGGUUCCUCCUAUGGUAGCAGGGACAUCUAUUUCGACGUCAUCAUCACCAGGAAAACCAAUCUCGCCUCAUACGCCGCAUACUCCGUUCGCACCGUCUCGACUCAGUGCUGCUUACAGCCAUGACGAUACAGACACCCCACAUCGCCUGACUGCGGAAGAACCCCCUUCACCGUCCGAGGCACCGACGGAGGAAACGGCACAAGCUCAGUCUACGGCGAACGUUCCGGCGAUUGACAUUCCUAACUCGCCAAGACCGUUCGUCCGAGGCUAUCAACGUUCAAGUUCGGCUCAGCGGAGACCACUCAACUCAGAAGAUGAUAUAACCGACCUGUAUGGAAUGCGCAGCGCCAGUAUGGGAGCAGAUCGUCGAGGACAUCGAAGAGAAUCUGCUCGACAGGAUGAUGCCGACGGCACAGUGGGAGAGGUGCAAGGGAGACAAGAACGGAACGCCCCCCGAUCAGAUGAACCUGCUCGUCAUGCUUCUCACACCCAUCGACAUUCCGGCCUUGCAGUGCUGACAUCAGAUAGAGGAGAUUUUGAAUCGGCAUCAGGUCCUUCCUCCGCCAAUCUCUAUCGAACUCGAUUGAACCGAGGCAGCGUUGGAAGAGGUGUCGUUCCUCCACAAGGAUCGACGUCGAGCUUUAGCGGCACUGGAGCUAGCGUGGAACGUGCUGACAGUAGUGUGAACGAAUCAUGGGCUAGACACGGACGACGAUCUGGAUCUCGACCCGAGAAUCGAUUCGAUGAUGAUGAAUUACCUUUUGCCAUGGAAAAGAGUGACUUUCACACCGACGGCAAAAGUGAUGAUGCCGAAGCCGGUGAGAGAUAA